GAACCAUCACCGCCCAUAACCACCACGAAACCCAGAACUAUACCACCCAUAACCACCACGAAUGGAACCACCACGAAACUCAAUCAAGCCGAAACCACCACGAAUUGAACCACCACGAAACCCAAUUAAAUCAAAACCACCCACGCCACCCCCACGAAACGAAACCCACAAAUACCCAUGAAACCAGACCCACCCACCACGAAGACCCACCCACCACGAAACUCACGCCACCCCACGAACCAUAUCUAAAACCCCUAAAACCACCCCCACGAACAAGACAAACCCAAUUCCACGAACCCAAACCCACGAACCGGACGAACCCAAACCCAAAUCGCAAGAGGAUAUAGAAGGGGGAAGAUAAACCAAAAUGUAGAGUUAGGGUUCUGGAGAUUUCAAUUGAAUAAGGGUUUGGGAGAUGAAUGAUUUUGUUGAAGGUGAAUGAUUUUUGGUGAAAAUGAUUAUAAUAAUCAGAUUCAUUAGGUAAAGAGUGAAAUCAGGUUAGUGAUUUAAUUAGAUGUCUAAGUUGUUUAAGUACGGGUAAUAUGGUCAUUUUGUUGACAAAAAGUUACUAAAAGUGGAAAGAAAAAAUUUGUUGCACAUAAUAGGUAGCUUCCCAAAAUGGCAAAUGUUGCAAAUAACCGUUAACGGAGGUAGUACUUUGAUUUUUUUUCGACAAGCGGAACGAUUGUAUUGAAUCGGUGUAACCUCUCCCAAGUCUUAAACAUCCGCACCUUCAAAAAGCCCUUUGGUGGGAUCUGAUCUCGUGACUUUUAAGUCAUGUAGUCAAACCUUGCUUAGGGUUUUUUUUUUUUUUUUUUUUUUUUUUUUUUUUUUUUUGACGGAAACUUUGCUUAGUUAAGUAUCCUUACAAUUAAUGUUUACAAUUUGAUAAUCUCAUUGCAAAUACAUAUUGAUUAAUCAUUAUUGCAAAAAUACAUUUAAGAAAGAGCUAAACAAUUUGGUAAUCUGAAUAUAUAAAAUGAGUUUUGAAAGAUAUUAAUUAGGUUGUAAUGUAAGAAUAUAAUCAUUGUGUUUACGUGAAUCACAUCUAUUGAUAUAAAGCGGAUAACUAAGAAGGUAGAUAAAAAAAAUACUACACCUACAAGUACUAAUUGAGCUUUCUCAAGGAUAUGUGAGGUAUAGGGGUAGAAAACACUUAGACUUACGAAGUGCGGAUAAUGAUACAAACCUUUUUUUUCUGGGUGUUUAAAGAGCCACAACGAUGGGGUGAGAGUCGAUCCUAAAAUAUCUUGAAAUCAGGCAGAAAAGUAACAAAUUACUUUAGCAAGAUGGUUCAAAUUUUCACUUAGGCAAUAGUAGUACAACUGUACAUUUGUACAAUAUUGGAGUAUUGGACUAGGAAAAUAAAACACAAUAUUGACCCUUUUGCAAUCUUUACAAAAACACCCCUAUAUCAAACAUCAAGUUAUGAAAUUAUCCAAUCACUCAUUUCCCAAACAAUGGCAUAUUUGUAAUUGUAACGUCUUAUUUGGGGCAAAAGCCUUGACUGUACCAUCUCAGCGCCAAAAUCACCCACUACAUAUAUCAACCCUUUCUCGUCCCUGUAAUCAGUUCAGCACAACAAAUUCAAACCUCCAUUUUCUCUCUCAUCAAUGGCUUCCAUUGAAUCAGAUAACAACAACCUCAUUCCAGAAGAAAUCACCGAAAUUCCACCUCCACCAGAGAAACCACAUUCUCCUUCUCUUCAACGUCAUGUGGCCUUCAGCGUCGUCAACGAAAAUGAAGAAAUCGACAACAACAACAGCAGCUCCGCCGUAACAACCACCGAAGAAAGUGCUUCUUCGUCGGAGAAUCCAGACACCGGAGGUUCGGAGCAGAGUUCGAUUACUGUUGACAGUGUUUGUCUCGAAGCAACACUGCGCCCAGUUUCCGUCAGGUCUUCAACUUCGGCUGCAAACCUCGAGAGCUUGUGCGAGCAGACCGGAAGCGCCGGAAAAUGCAACGGAAAUACGCCGAAAUCAGGAGGUGCGGUGAAAUCCAACGGUGCUAAUGGAUAUUUUCAGCAUCCUAUUCCUAUAGCAGAGCAUCCAAUGGUGAAGGAGGCUUGGAGCUUGUUAGAGAAAUCUUAUGUUUACUACAAAGGAAUAUCUGUUGGAACUGUUGCUGCUUCCGAUCCUAGUGCUGAGGCGCUGAACUAUAAUCAGGUUUUUGUGAGGGACUUCGUUCCUAGUGCUCUAGCUUGUCUAAUGAAAGAUCCCCCUGACACAGAAAUUGUGAAGAACUUCUUGCUGAAAACUCUCCAUCUUCAAAGUCGUGAAAAGAGGAUUGAUAACUUCACUCUUGGAGAAGGUGUAAUGCCAGCAAGCUUCAAGGUUGUGAUAGACGAGAAAAAUGAGCGUGUGAAGGAAAUUCUGGAAGCGGAUUAUGGUGGCACUGCAAUUGGAAGAGUUGCACCUAUGGAUUCUGGGUUCUGGUGGAUUAUCUUGCUGAGGUCAUAUGUCAAAAGCACAAGUGACCGCUCACUGGCAGAUCAGCCUGAUGUGCAGAAAGGCAUGAAAUUGAUCCUUGACCUGUGCCUCUCUGAUGGUUUUGACACUUUCCCAUCGCUACUCUGUGCAGAUGCAUGCUGUAUGAUUGACAGAAGGAUGGGAAUAUAUGGGUAUCCAAUUGAGAUUCAGGCUCUUUUCUUUUUUGCACUGAGAUGUGCCAAAAACAUGUUGAAAGAAGUGCCUGACAACAAAGAAUUGCUGGACAAGAUCAACUCCAAGAUCAAGGCACUUAGUUACCAUAUUCGGACAUAUUACUGGCUUGAUUAUACCCAGUUGAAUAACAUAUACCGCUAUAAAACAGAAGAAUACUCUCACACUGCUUUAAACAAGUUCAAUGUAUCCCCGGAGUCAAUUCCUGAUUGGCUAUUCGAGUUCAUGCCCUUACGAGGUGGUUAUUUCAUUGGCAAUGUCAGCCCAGCUCGCAUGGAUUUCAGGUGGUUCUUACUUGGUAACUGCAUUGCUAUCUUAAGCAGUCUUGCGACACCAAAGCAAGCAUCAGCUAUAAUGGACUUAAUUGAGGCUCGUUGGGAUGAGUUAGUUGGAGAGAUGCCCUUGAAAAUCUCUUAUCCGGCGCUAGAAGGUAAUGACUGGAACAUUAUCACAGGGUUUGAUUCCAAGAAUACUCGGUGGAGUUACCAUAAUGGUGGAUCUUGGCCAGUUCUGCUGUGGUUGCUGGUAUCUGCAUGCAUCAAGACUGCGAGGCCGCAGAUGGCCAGAAAUGCCAUUGAGCUGGUGGAGAAACGCCUUUCCAAUGAUGGCUGGCCAGAGUACUAUGAUGGGAAGACAGGUCGCUAUAUUGGUAAGCAAGCAAGAAAGUUCCAGACAUGGAGUAUUUCUGGCUACUUGGUCGCCAAGAAGAUGCUUGAAAAUCCAGCCAAUCUUCUGCUGGUCUCACUUGAGGAAGACAAGACAAUUGCCAAGCCCAAGCUCAUUCGCUCUGCCUCGUGGAGUAACUAGCCAGUCGUCUUCUUCCCGCUUCUUUGGAUCUCUUUUAGCAAACAACAGUGGUGCUAAGUAUAGGAAAUGCUAUUAAGGCUGUAAAUAAGAGAGGUGAAAGGUAAAAACUGUUAUGUGCAUAUUUUGACAGGAAUUUUACAUCUUAAUACUGUCUAUAUUUUGUUGCAUCUAUCAGAACAUUGAUAGGGUGUUUGCAUUGGCAGCUACCUAGCUAAUAUGAUGAUUACUGAUGGGAAAAUCCCAGUUAAUCUUCAUGAUUGCUGAAUUUUGUUAAUCUAGGGGCUUUUAUGGUAUUUCAACCUAUUAUUAUGAGGAUGCAAUGGUAACUUCCGUGUGUUGACUUGGCCAACUAUAAUGACUAAGCAUCCACGUAAUAUUACUGAUUGCUGUUUGGGGUUAACGCCAUAUGACAGCCGUUUGUUAACGUCAAGUCUUCACUGUGAAACACUUGACUCUCUCUAUCUCCUUUGUAUUUUCUCUCUCCUUUGUAUUUGGUCAAUCAUGUAUUUGUUAUCACAGGAAACUAGUGAAAUUCACCUCCAACUCCAAAUCAAGAAAUGUUAGAGCACCGACUACCGACUAUGUUUUUGCAAAUUAUUGGAACACACGAUUACAAUGGGACUAUACCAAUUGGUUAAUAGGAGGUGUACAAUUAUUGAAGACAACUAAGGGGAAGUCAACGUGGAUUAAGUCAUAUUAAGUUGCAAAAGUUAUAUCCUCAGUUUUAACAAUGAAUAUGGAAUAAUGCAGUUUCAUCUCUGAUUUGAACUGUAAAUAUUGAAAUUGUUGAAAGUUUUUUAAAUUUUAUUUUUUUUUGGAUUUGCAUGCGGCUUGAUUGGGUAUUUUGUAAGGAGCUCAUAAAUUUAUUUGACCACUAUAAUAUACAAUAAGAUAAUCACCCGAUUCAGCAUAUCGAACUGGCUUGAUUGAUUAUUUGUAAGGAGUUUUUUUUUUUUUUUUUUGUCUUGUUUUUAUGGGUUGCUCUAAGAAUGGUGGAUUUGUUUUUGUGGGGUGGAUCCGUGGGGAUGAUUGAUUAUUUUGGGAUUUUGUUCUUUAUUUUUUGACUGGUUAAAAUAGGUGUGGUAAAAUUAAUUUUGUUUUCAGUUAUAGUGUUAUACAGUACUAUUAAUGAAAUUUGUAUGUAUAUGUGUUCUCAAAAAAAAAAUUAAAAAAAAUUGUAUGUAUAUUGCCGUGUUCAAGCAAAGAAGAAUGAGGUCAGUUUUUCUCUUAAAUUUCGCCUAAUUUUCUUCACUCAAUCUAUCCGAUGCAUUUCCUUUUUUUAUUAAUAACUUGCUUUUCUUAUUAGUUUGUUUUUAAUUAUGUAUUCUUUUCAAUUUUUUUACAUUGUGUAGUUUUUAUGAUUAAUUCUUUGAUUUUUAUAAUACCAGAUUUGAUUCAAGGACAUCUCAAAUGAAGAGACCAAAUAUGGAGCACUCAAGUCAUACUGAUUGUAAUUAUAAUUGUAAAUAUGCAAUAAGUGUAUACAUUUAUUGUUGGAAUUUCAAAGAGUUGAUUUUGUUGAUAUACUCGUAUUAGUUAUUUUUACUUUUUUUAGUCUAUAAUUACCAUUUUUGGAAUGAAGCGUAUAAAUUCAAAUUUCAAAAUUAAAAUAAGAACAACAUGAUAAUAUUAAAGUAAAUUUUUAAACAAAAAACAAUAAGGAUAGGACACCCGUUCACCUCUUGUAAGACAUAAGAGGUUUGUUAAAUACAACUAAACAGAUUCUAACAU